AUGGGGCCUCGAUCCCCAAUCCCGUCUUCGCUCCCACCUCCUCUCCUCCUCUCCCAAGUCCCAACCCGCUAUGGAGAGGGAGCCGCCCGCGCAGGCCCCCCCAGCGCCGCCGCCGCCUACGACUCGCCCCGCCACAGGGCGUGGAAGCGGUGCGUCCACUCCAGCCACCACGACAGCGCCACCUCGGGCCACGCCACCACCGCCAACUUCGCGCCCAUGCCCAGGAUGUGCCGCCUCGUCAUGGCCAACUACGCCCCGCCCGACCUCCUCGCCGCGCUGCCCCUCCUCCUCGACCCCUCAAACGUCGUGCGCCGCUGCACCUAUGCCGACACGGGGGGCCGGGUCACGCCCUACCUCGUCUACCUCGACCACGAGCACGCCGACUUCGUGCUCGCGCUGCGCGGCCUCAACCUCGGCUGCGAGUCCGACUACGCGUUGCUCCUCGACAAUCGCCUCGGCAAGCGCCGCUUCGACGGCGGCUACGUCCACAACGGCCUCCUCCGCGCCACCGGCUGGGUGCUCGACAGGGAGUGCGACCUGCUCCGGGACCUCCUCGACCGGUACCCCGCCUACACGCUCACCUUCACGGGCCACUCCCUCGGCGCCGGCAUCACCGCCAUGCUCACCAUGGUCGUCGUGCUCAACCUCGACAAGCUCGGCAAGGUCGAGUGCUACGCCAUGGCCCCCGCCCGCUGUAUGUCGCUCAACCUCGCCGUCAGAUACGCCGAUGUCAUCAACUCUGUCGUGCUGCAGUUAUUACAGAAGUUAGUUACAUGCCUGUCUGAAUUUUGUGAUUACCUCUUCAAGCUAUUGCUUAUUGGAGACUCAGGUGUUGGCAGGGUGAUCGAUGAGGACUACUGCGGCCCGAUGGGAGUCGUGCUCUUCAACUACUCGGAGGCAGACUUCACCGUGAAGCCCCGCGAUCGUGUCAUAGAGAUUAUCGUCCAAGUGAUUGCGACGCAGGAGGUCCCCGGGGUGGAGGACCUCGACGCCACCGUCCGGAGGUCACCGAGGUGGAGGACGACGCCACCAUCCUGA